GAAUGCUGGGCCAACAUGGCCCAGGAUCAUGACAGAAUUUCAGUCAAAGUCAAGUUUCAUGGGUCAGCAUCUACACCUGCCAUAGAGGUGAUGUCAAAUGUCAGCAGCAGGGUGGUGUUACAGUGUGAGUCUGCAGGCUGGUAUCCAGAGCCUGAGCUGCUGUGGUUGGACGGUGAGGGAAACCUCCUCUCUGCUGGACCUACAGAGACCCUCAGAGGUCCUGAUGACCUCUAUACUGUCAGCAGCAGAGUGACUGUGGAGAAGAGACACAGCAACAACAUCACCUGCAGAGUCCAACAGAGGAACACCAACCAGAGCAGAGAGACACACAUACGUGUUCCAGGUAAAGCUCAUAAAUGAG